UAUCAUAAUGAGAUGAAGGGUCCUUUCUCAGGGUCAAGAUUUGGGCCAGUCGCAUCUUUGCAAUUUCAAAAAAAGGUGAAAUACCAGAGUGAUUUGUGAUCAUCAGCAAGAAACAAACAGUAUCUGUGCAUUAGAGAAACUUGUGAGCCCCCGAUUGAAGAAGAGACGCAGGUCAAUGACACCAAUGGGAUAAACCGCCUCAUCUGAUACAACCUCACCCAUUAACUGGAUCUAUUCAGGAGGAAUAGAGACAAAUCCAAAUUGUGGGGCGUUCCUGAGAGGCAACUGGCUGGGAUGUUUCAAAAAUGCCAAUGUCUUUAAAAAAAAUGGGACAAAUUAAAAUUAAAGGAAAAGGAGAUUAAAGAAGAAUAAAGAGGCAUGAAACUAAAUACCACUCAUGAUCCUUGUGGGCCUCUCCCCAGGGUUGCUUGAGUUUCCUCACAACAUGGCGGCUGUCUUCUCCCAGAGCUGGUGAUUCAAGAGAGAGAGCUCGAGGCAGAAGUGGCAAUAUCUUUUAUGACUUAGCCUUGGAGGUCACAUACUGUCAUUUCCACAAUCUCCUGCUGGUUACACAGAUCAGUACUGUUGAGUGUGGGAAGAGACUAUACAGGGGUGUGAAUACCAUGGGAUGAAGAUCACUGAUGGGCAUCUUGCAGGCUGGCUACCACCAGUACCUACCUCACAGGGUUGAUUGUGGGAAUGAGAUGCAUUAGUACAUGGAAAGGAUCCUAGACCAAUGCUCCACAUACAAUUAAAAAAGAUCCCUAAGUAACUCAAAUGCAGGAACGUUUUAACACUCCAGGGUGAAGAAUCUGUGCCAGCAUGUCUGCCUACUACAGGAAUAAUGGGUAUGAGGAAGAAUCAGAUUACCCUGACUUUUCAGGAUCUCGGAACCGUACAUGGGGGCAUUUGAAAACUCAGGAUUAUCCAGAUUCUUCAGAUGCUCUGAACAACUCAGGCUACCCUAGCACCAGGAGCAACCCAUACUCUGCUGACUACAGAACAGGUCCAGACUAUCCUGGGUCUCUAGCAGAACCAGAUUACCCUGGAUCUCAGAGUAAUCCAUACCAGUCUGGCACCAGAAGCAACUCAUUCUCUGCUGGCUCCAAAAGAAGUUCAGAUUAUCCCAUAUCUUUGGCAGAGCCCGAUUAUAUUGGAUCUUGGAGCAAACCGUACCAUCCAUGGUCAUCCAGAGAGCCAGACUACUCUGAAUCCCAAUGGAAUUCUGACUUUGCAGAUUCCAGAAGCAGUGGAAACUAUGCAGGCUCCAGAACAAAUCCUGAUUAUCUCGACUCUUUGGGAGAACCAGACUACCCUGGAGCUCAGAGAAACUCUAACCAUCCUGGCUCCAGGGCAAAUUCCAACCAUCUGGGUACCAGAAGGAUUCCAGAAUAUGCUGGUUCCAGAAUCAAUCCAUACAUGGACACUCUGGGAGAGCCUGAUUAUCCAGGAGCUGAGAAUCAACCUAGCUCUCCAAACUUUUUUGGGGAACCAGACUAUCCCAAUGCUGAGGACUAUCAGAACUCUCCAAACUUUUGGGGGAAGCCUGAUUACCCAGUUGCUGAGAAUGGUCAUGAUUAUGGCUCUUCUGAGACUUCAGAAAUGACCAGACAGGUGCUCAGCAGAACAUCUUCAAACCGGCCCUCAUUUCGUCAUACUAGUGAGGGCCCCUUGGGCGUCCUUGAGAGAGAGAAUGAAGAUGACCCUGAAAGCAUUGCAAUGAAAUCCAUGGGGAUGGCAAAUCCAUAUGACGAUUCUGUGCCCGGGGCUCCUGGCAAUGGCUAUGUGAACCCUGCUUAUGUGGGUGAAAGUAGCCCCUGCCCGGCGUAUGGAAACCCACCAUUGUCUGGAUGCGACUGGCACAAGUCACCUCAAGGACAAAAGUUAAUCGCAUCUCUGAUACCAAUGACAUCUAGAGACAGAAUUAAAGCCAUCAGGAAUCAGCCGAGAACCAUGGAAGAGAAAAGGAACCUUAAGAAAAUGGUUGACAAAGAGAAAAGUAAGCAAUCCCGUCGUAUGCUUGAGCUCAACUGCUGUGCUCAGUGUCUAAACUCCAUUUCACGGGCGUACCGGAGAUCUAAGAACAGCCUGUCAGAACUGCUCGAUUCCGUCAGCCUAUGGCAGAAGACACUCAAGGUCAUCGGAGGCAAGUUCGGAACCAGCGUCCUCUCCUAUUUUAACUUUCUGAGGUGGCUUUUGAAGUUCAACAUUUUCUCGUUCAUUGUGACCUUCAGCUUUAUCAUAAUCCCUCAGUUUAUGGUGGCUGAGAAGAACACCCUCCAGUUCACCGGACUGGAGUUUUUCACUGGGGUGGGUUAUUUUAGAAACACAGUGAUGUACUAUGGCUUUUACACCAAUUCUACGAUUGGGCACAGGAACGGUGGGGCAUCCUACAACAUGCAGCUGGCCUACCUCUUCACAAUCGGAGCAUGUUUGGUCAUCUGUUUUUUCAGUUUGCUAUUCAGCAUGGCUAGGUACUUCCGGAACAACUUCAUUAACCCCCACAUUUACUCCCGAGGAAUUGCUAAACUGAUUUUCUGCUGGGACUUCACCGUCACUCACGAAAAAGCUGUGAAGCUGAAACAGAAGAAUCUUAGCACUGAAAUAAGGGAAAACCUGUCAGAAAUCCGUCAGGAGAAUGUCAAGUUAACGCUCAAUCAGCAGCUGAUCCGCUUCUCUGCCCACCUGGCGGCCUGGGUUGUCUCUACUGGAGUGGCGGUUGCCUGCUGCGUAGCUGUUUAUUACCUGGCUGAGAACAACUCAGAGUUCCUGAAGAAGCACAAGGACCCUGGGGCAGUACUGUUACUGCCUUUCAUUGUGUCCUGCAUCAACCUGGCAGUGCCACGCCUCUACUCCCUGUUCAAGCUCGUGGAGUGGUACGAGAUGCCACGGCACGAAGUCUAUACCCUCCUGAUCCGAAACAUCUUUCUGAAAAUAUCAAUCAUUGGAAUUCUUUGUUACUAUUGGCUCAACAUUGUGGCCCAGGCUGGUGAAGAGUGUUGGGAAACCCUCAUUGGCCAGGAAAUCUACCGACUCCACCUGAUGGAUUUUGUGUUCUCUUUAGCUGAUUCCUUCCUGGGCGAGUUCCUGAGGAGACUCAUUGGAAUGCAGUUUAUCACAAGUCUUGGCUUACAAGAGUUUGACAUUGCCAGGAACGUCCUGGAACUGAUCUAUGCACAAACUCUGGUGUGGAUUGGAACCUUCUUCUGCCCUCUGCUGCCCUUUAUCCAAAUGAUUACUCUUUUCAUCAUGUUUUACGUCAAAAAUAUCAGCCUGAUGAUGAAUUUCCAGCCUCCCAGCAAAGCCUGGCGAGCCUCACAGAUGAUGACAUUCUUCAUCUUCUUGCUCUUUUUCCCAUCCUUUACUGGGGUCUUGUGCACCCUAGCCAUCACCAUUUGGAGAUUGAAACCUUCAGCUGACUGUGGCCCCUUCCGAGGUCUGCCCUUCUUCAUUUACUCCAUCUACGGCUGGAUUGACACCUUGAGUAAAAGGCCCAGCUACCUGUGGGUUGUUUGGAUCUACCAGAACCUCAUCGGAAGUGUGCAUUUCUUUUUCAUCCUCACCCUCAUUGUGUUAAUCAUCACCUACCUUUACUGGCAGAUCACAGAGGGAAGGAAGAUUAUGAUCCGACUGCUCCAUGAACAGAUUAUUAAUGAGGGCAAAGAUAAAAUGUUCCUGAUAGAAAAGUUGACCAAGCUGCAGGAUAUGGAGAAGAGAGCAAACACCAGCUCAUUCACAAUGGAAAGGAGAGAUGUAGAGCAACCAGGUCCUUUACCUGUCGGGGAACGUGAUGCUGCUCGUGACCUGCGAUUUAGGCGAUCAGUUCAAGAAGAGAAUUCAAAGGCGUGAUGUUUAUUGCUGCAGCCAGACACCGAUCAAAUGAAAAGACACUCGGGCCUUUCUAAGCUUCCCAGGAGGGGAAUUCAAGCCAUUAGCCAGGACGGGAAGCUGACCCCAGUGUAUAUAACUCAAGCAAAUUUGGCCAUUCCCUGCUGGUUUAUUAUACCUGGAUUGCUGAUUUUCCAAGAUAAAAUAUUCAGGAUUUUAAAAUAAAGACUAUUGUAACAUUUAAACUGGUUCCUAAAGACCCAGAAGAGAUAACCUGGGAAUUAUGUAUUCAGUCUUUAAGAGAUGUGCAUAUGAAGUAUUGGUCCUUAGAAAACUCUCCUCCCAGACCUGGCAAAGGUUUGGAAACCGGUGCUCAGACAAAUGGUCCAGCCUGAAUAAAAAUGGGAUCCUCAGUCAGGGAUGUGAGGGCUCUGAAUUGGGGAACCUGCAUUUGUUUGUGACUUUGAACUACAUCUGUCCCACCCUAUGUUACCCAAAGGUGAACUACAACGAGAGGUCUUAUCUACAAACUUUAUUGCAUAUCAAGUAUGAGUCUUUGGGGUUGACCUGGGGUUGGUGGGUGUAGACUGGGACUCUACCCUUGUGAGGUUGAUACAUGAGUCAGCAUCAAAGUCUUAUAUUGAAUCGAACAUGAAAUCAGCGGUGAUGUGUGAAACAUGUAUGUAUGUAUAUGUGUGUGUAGAAUGAAUAUGUAUGUGUGUUUGUGUGUGUGUAUACACACACAUAUGUAUAUAGAGCAUUCUUUUUUAAAAAGUUUUUAUUUAAGUAAUCUCUACACCCAAUGUGGGGCUUGAACUCAGGACCCUGAAGUCAAGAGUGGUAUGCUCUUCUGACAGCCAGCCAGAUGCUCCAACAUAGAGUUUCUUUUGCAGAUUUGCGAAAUGAUUCACAAGGCAUGUGACUGUACUUAGAAUUGAAGCAUCCAGCAGAAAGGUAGAAUUGACCAUAUUACUCAGGGGAGAAGUCCCCUCUUGCAUAAUCACUACCAUGAAAUGUAAUUGGAACUGAAUUUUGAAAACAUUUAACAUGUGUUUGAAACACAAGCAUCCAAUCAAUGCUCAGUCAUCGACUCACAUUUUCGUUCACUUAUUUAUUCGUUAGCUCAUUUCAUCAACUAAAUUUCAUCAGCUGAUUUAAUUUUUUUGGUGUUAUCCCCUGGUAGUGGUUGCUAGUAGUGUUCAUUCAUUUCAUUCAACAAAUACGUGCCAAGUAGUUGUGAACAAGAUGGUGAGCAAGUCAAGACACAGUCUGUGCUCUCCUGUGCUCAUUGUCUAGCAGAUUGAUUUAGACAGGAAAUUAAUAAUUAAAUAGUAAUUAAUUGUAAUUGUGAUAGAUGCUGUGAAGGAGAAGCCCAGGGGACGAUGGGGAGACUUAACUUGUCGGUGGGGUCAGUGAAGGCAGCCCACUGAAUUGAUGUUUGAAGUGGUUUUUUACCCCCUGUGUCAUCUUAACUGUUUUGUGCUUCAUUGGCUUCUCCACUAAAAUAUGAAUUCCUUCUGUAAGUAGCAUUUUUGCUUAUUUACUCUAUGCUAAGGGCUUAUAUCUGGAAUGCUCCAUUUGCCUCCAUGGCUUGGGUCAAUUCCUGCUUCUCCUGGAGCUAUAAACAAAGGAGAAAGAUCUAAUCUGUAGGUAUCACACACAUUUGGAUGUGAAGAUGCUUUUAAAACUUGGGCUUGAGGGGCGCCUGGGUGGCUCAGUCAGGUAAGUGUCUGCCUUUGGCUCAGGUCAUGAUCCCGGGGUCCUGGGAUCGAGUCCUGCAUUGGGCUCCCUGCUCAGUGGGGAGU